GCCCUGCUUCUUAUGGAAGAGUAGGUGAAGUUCACCCACGUUUGAGUCUCUUUGUUUACUGAAUACUGAAUAGAUAUUAAUUUUUAAUAAUUAUUUUUUUUAAAGGAAAGAAAGAAAUUUUCACUAUAUAUCUGCCCUUUCGUUUCUGUCCUCCAAUAUCCCUUCUCCACUCUUCUAUUGAUUAAGCCCUUCUUUUUCUUUCAAGAUAUCAUCAUGAGUUACGGCCAAAGUCAGCAGCGGGAGGUUGCCUACCCUCCACCUCCGCCAUCUACUGCACCUCCUGCUGCUUUCCAGCCGCCGCCACCGCCAGGUUAUCCAACCAUGGAUGUCCAGCAGUUUCCCCAAAAUCAUGCUCCAGUGGAAACUAAAUCCAGGGGUGAUGAUGGAUUCUGGAAGGGAUGUUGUGCUGCCUUGUGCUGUUGCUGUGUCUUGGAUGCAUGCUUUUGAAAAGGAUUUUGAGAGAAUUCUACAGAUUACAUGUAUGGAGAGAAUUCCUGAUCAGUGUUUAAUUUUAAUUAUAAUAAAUUGGAUUUUACAAAUAUUUAUAUUGAGAUGGCACAGUGUUAUUUUCUUAUCUACAUCUUUUUUUAUUGAUGCUAUAUAUAAUUAAAAUUCAAUGUUUUAG